CCCGCUUCUCCGCGCGGGAUUGAAUAUCAUUCUCCAUUCUUCUGAGCCUCACAGAGGCGUCCAUGAGUUUCAGCAAUGCAGCGAUGGCCUUGGAAGGCGGGCUGGACGCCAACAGGGGCGGCGGUAUCAUAGCCAUUUCAGUCCUUUUCAUGGUCUUCGGCACGGUGGUUUUCUUCCUGCGGUAUGUGGCACAUCGCGUCGCGGAUAGUCCGGUCUUCUUGGAGGACUGGUUGAUGAUACCAUCAUAUAUACUCAUGAUGGGGCUAUGUAUCGAUCUAUUGUUAUGUGCCUCACAUGGCGACGCCGGGCGACACGAGGCCUGGAUCCUCCUAAACGAACCCACCGCGUUCGUCAGGUUUGCCCAGACACUCUUCGCCAUGGAGAUCCUCUACAGUAUGGCCAUCGCCAUCAUGAAGACCUCGAUCCUGCUCCUGUACCGCCGCAUCUUUGGUGUAGAGCGCUGGUUCCGUCAUUUCACGUGGGGCUUGAUUGUGUACGUGUGGCUAUGGGCUCUCAGCGAGACGAUCGUGGCCAUCGUACAAUGCACGCCCGUCGCGUACCAGUGGGAUAAGACGCUGAACGGCGUGUGCAUUGAUCAGCUGGCGACAUAUCGGUUUAUACCGCUCCCGAAUGUGCUUCACGACGUCGUGUUGCUGGCGUUGCCGACACCGAUGAUCUGGGCGUUACAGAAGGUUUCGCGGGCACAGAAGAUUGCGCUAACGGUGGUAUUCUUGAUCGGUUCCUUUGGCUGCAUCGCUUCUAUCAUCCGCGCCUACUACAUGUUUAUGCUCACGUCCAACUCGGACCAGACCUGGCAGGUGAACAACCUCAUCUGGACGGUCGCCGAGCCGGGCAGUAUCUUCAUCUGCGCCUGCGUGCCCGUGCUCUGGCCCAUGGUCCGCCGCAUCUUCAGCCUUCCCUCGGAGCCGACGCGCAUCGAGGGCAAACAGGGCACCACCGUGCUGCUUCCGCGCGGAGUCUGGUCAUGGCGCCGUGCCACCCCGCCACCCACGCCGAAUAACUACGACCUUGAGCUGCUGCACGGUGUGGAGGCGCCCGAGGGGGAGAAGAAAACGCAGAUGCAUGAUCAUUUGUACCUGGGGCCGAUUCGAUAUCAGAUUAAGCAGGAUCCUCGAUUGGGGGCGGGUCGGCCGGAGUUUCAUUGGGAUGCGUCGAGAGCCAGCCCGGCGAGGGCGGUGUGAUGAGCUGCACCUAGGGGUGAAGGUGCCUCGAUGACUUUUUGUUUCCUCUCUUCCAAGUUGGAGAUCAUUUAUUAGCGUGGUGUCGAGGUCGUGAGGUCUACUAAUGAAGAGAUUUUAUUCUCUGUUUUGGGAACAUACAAUCAGUGUUCACGUGGAGGCGCAUACUGUUAUCAUCAGCGAUGAUUGGUGAUCGGCGAUGUGACGAUUGUGCAUGGAGUGUCACUCAACGACCUUUUCUCUCUUUUUUCGUGCCACAAUGCCAUACAAGAUUACAGGC